ACAAACCCGGCCUGCAGCUUUCCCGUCCAGAGUCUCCUGCGAAGACCUGCACCCCUUUAUCCCGGGGCCUCUGGGUGGCCUCUCCCCGACCAGGGCUGGUCUGAGUACCUGACUCCUCUGCAGUUCUCCAGAAAAUCAAAACCCAGUUCCUUCUCCACCCAGUGCCACUGACCCCUGCCCAAGAGAGGACUCCCAGUGCAGGACAGCAGCCCAGAGGAGGCCCCCUGCUCUGCCAGAGCCUCACUGUGUGUCAGCCUGGCCACAGGUGGCCACCUCCCUGAGCCCUUCCCAGCCCCGGGUCUACCCUCAGGGGAGUGGAGACUCAAGGACCCAGCUGACCCUAGGAAAGCAGGGUGCUGAUUGGCUUGUAUUGUUGACCACCAUUUCCCCACCUCAGCACUGGGCCUCUGUUUCUGUGGGUUUCCAAAAGUCUUGAUGAUAUCCCUCACCUGGGCUGCCCUCUAACACGGUGCAUCUCUCCCAGCAGGACAGGUGUCUUUGGCUUUGAGUGCCUGUGGACGGCCAUCUGUCCCCUCCAGCAUGAGGGUCUUCUUGCCGGUGCUGUUGGCUGCCCUUCUGGGUCUGGAGCCAGUGCACUCUCUGGUGUGCUUCUCCUGCGUCAACCAGAAGAGCAAUCUCUACUGUCUGAAGCCCACCAUCUGCUCCUCUUCUGACAACUACUGUGUGACUGUGUCUGCCUCUGCUGGCAUUGGGAAUGUCGUGGACUUUGGACACACCCUGAACAAGGGCUGCUCCCCCAUCUGCCCUGGUCCUAGCGUCAAUCUCGGCGUGGCGUCUGUGGGCACCCACUGCUGCCAGAACUUCCUGUGCAAUUUCAGUGCCGCUGGCGGGGGACCGCGGGCCAGCACCACACUGCUGGGCCUCGGGCUCCUGCUCAGCUUGCUCUCUGUUCUGCUGAGACUGGGCCCCUGACCUCCUGGACCUGAGUCCCCCAUGUCCCCCAGCUCAGGAAGAAAAGCCCCAUCCCUCGCAGAUCACAGGAGGCUAUUGGAGCCUCCAGCUCCUUGGCGUGCCUGAUCCCCCCACCUUGGGCCAGAACCACCCCCUGCACCUACCCCUGCACAGCCCCUACCCCAUGUGGGGCCAGCCGCCCUCACUUCUGCAGCCAAUUGUGUGACCUUUCUCAAGGAACCAGGACGAGAUGAGGGUUCCCCUGAAGUCUUAGGGUCCCCAAGGGCAGGACUGAGCCUUUUGGACACCAGAGGGACAUCUAAGCCAUCAGCCCUAGGCGCACUGAGUGUGGGGUGGUGGCAGACACCAGGGUGUUGUGAAUGUUUAGGCGCGAGUCCCUGGGGUGGUGUUGUGGGAGCGACAGGAGAGUCCAGGGCAGCAGCAGCCCCCGGAACCCUGAUUCACCAGACCCCACCAUCUGCACCCACAUUGCACUCACUUCAGGGGUAGCCUUUAGGGGCGGGGGGCUCCCAGUGCUUCCAGGCAUGGGCUCUCGGCCCAGGUCCUGCUGAGCCCUGCCUGCCCCUCCUCGCUCCUGCACUGGCACCCCGCUGCUGCCUCAGUGCCUCAAUAAAACGUUGCCACCCCUCUUGA